AAAUGGAUCCCUAUUUGACUCUCGUGUUCCCAAUUAUUCGACUUCUCUCAUUCUAGCUGGUGAAUUCGCUAGGGUUUGGGUUCCCGAGAUCGAAACCCCAAAUUCUGCACUCGUUGCAUUCUUUCUCCAGUUCGAUAAUGAGGAGGCACAGUCCGGCGUAUUAUAGCCCCCCGCGAAGAGGUUAUGGUGGUAGAGGAAGAAGUCCACCGAGGAGGAAGUACGGCGGUGGCGGCGGCGGCGGGCGCAGGGAAUCUGGUCAGAGUCUUUUGGUUAGAAACAUUCCCCUGAAUUGCAGUGAGCCCAGGGGAUUUGCAUUUGUGGAGUUCAUUGACCCUUAUGAUGCUGCAGAAGCUCAGUAUCAGAUGAAUCGGCGGCGAUUUGGUGGAAGAGAGAUAACUGUGGUGGUUGCAUCUGAAACAAGGAAAAGGCCUGAGGACAUGCGUCACAGAUCAAGACAUAAUGGGCCUUCUCGUUAUGAUGAUCGGCGAUCUUCUGGACAUGGCCGCUCACGUUCUCGUUCGAGGUCACGUUCACGUUCUCCUUACCGCCAACCUACUUCUGGAGCCCGGCAUACAUCUAGGUCAUACUCUCCUGCACCAAGACGAGAAGGUGGUUACUCCCCAAGAAGGCAAGAUGAUUAUUCUCCAAGAAGAGAAGGUGAUUAUUCUCCAAGAAGGCAUUCAGACCAUGCAAGGUCCCCAAGGGAUUAUCCAGAAGGACGUGAUGAGGACUAUAAUCGCAGAUCACGGUCUCCAGGGUAUAUCAAUGCUAACCAAAAUCAACCUGACAAUGGUCAUGCAGAAAAAGAUUUCUAUGAUGACGAUGGGAGGAGACGCUCUAUCUCAAGGUCUCCAAGACGUGCUUCACGUUCGCCUUAUGGUUCACGAUCCAGGUCUGCAGACUUGUCCCCAGGACGCAGCAGAUAAAAGGAUGAUGCGGGUUUUAUCUACUUUGUUUCUGCGAUGUAUUCUGCUAUAUGUCUUCUGGAGUCCAAUGUUCGGACCCGUAGAUUUUAUAAGUCUGGAUCUACCUGUAUUUUCAGGUCUUGCAGAACUUUUCUAGUUUCGUAUCUGACUCUAGGGUGCCUUCUCUGUCUCUGCAGACUUUUUGAACAAUUUUAUGUUUAAACUUAAUUACAACUUAUGUAGUCGUCGUUGGCGGUGAUGGUGUGGAGAGGGUGAUAGCUCUAGCACCAAUGUGGAAUCUUAUUGUUGCUAUGAAAUGUGAACUUUGAGGUUAAGAUUUGACCAAGAUA